AUGACGACCAGACGCAGGCAUCUUCGACGAGGAGCUCUUGAACACGAAGAUGCAGCGACACUGAGUCUCGGAGAAGAGUUCAACAAUGCCCAAUGUCUAUACAUUUCUGAAGUACGCAUCUUGCUCGAAGCACAGCAGGAUUCCAAAGAGAGUGGAACGGAAAACAGACCAACAACUAGUAUCACUACAAAGACUUUGGAUUACGUGCGCACCUUUAGUCGAUUCACCAACCGCGACUCUGUGCGUGAAGUGAGACAAUUGUUAGGCAAGGAUGAUUUGGCUCAAUUCGAGGUCGCUCAACUCGCCAAUCUAUGUUGUGAGGAUGCUGAGGAAGCCAAGGCGCUCAUACCCAGUCUUGCACACAAAGUUGACGAUGACAAGGUACAAGAGCUCCUAAACGAAAUGCUUACUAUCAAAAAGUUCCAAGGCUAG